AUGUCAAAAAUUUCAUACAUAAUUUUGUUUUUCUCAAUUGGCUCCAUUUUUUGGGCCAAGCCAGGUCUCGGCGACCAAUCAUGGUUGCAGGACGUCACGCACAAACAGAUUCCGGUCAACGGAAUCAACAUGCACGUGGCGGAGAUGGGCGGCAACGGCUCGGCCGGGACCAUUCUCUUCCUCCACGGUUUUCCCGAGCUUUGGUAUUCGUGGCGCCACCAAAUGACCGGCCUCUCGGCCAAGGGUUACCGAACCAUAGCCCCCGACCUCCGAGGCUACGGGGACACGGUCGGGGCCCCGACCACAUCCAACAACUACACGGUGCUCCACGUGUUGGGGGACAUUGUGAGCCUGCUCGAUGCACUUGGGUUGGAUACGGUGCACCUUGUGGGCCACGAUUGGGGCGCUAACCUCGCCUGGCUGCUAUGUAUGAUGAGGCCGGAUAAGAUCAAAGCCUUGGUCAACCUCAGCAUCUUUUUCAGCCCCAGAAAUCCGGUGGCCCCACCUACGGUGACCUACGCAAAAGCGCUUACUGACGGUUUCUACAUCUGCAGAUUCCAGAAUCAAGGAGAAGCAGAAGCAGCAUUUAAAUCCGUAGGCACGGCGACUGUAAUAAGAACAUUUAUGACCAAAUUCCAACCAGAACCAUUGGUUAUACCCACCAACGAGAGUAUAGCCGUGUUUUUCCAGGGUCCUCAAACGCAAUUGCCUUCGUGGCUCACUCAGGCGGAUAUAGAUUAUUUCACUUCUAAAUUCGAGAAAACUGGCUUCACUGGAGGAUUGAACUACUAUCGAGCACUAGACUUGAGUUGGGAGCUUACAGCAGCUUGGACCGGAGCACGAAUUGAAGUGCCCGUCAAGUUCUUAAUUGGCGAAGAUGACAUGACGUACCAUUUUCCGCGCGUGAAAGAGACCAUAGAGGAUAAAAGCUACAAGAAGCUUAUUCCAAAGCUAGAAGAAGUUGUGGUUAUGAAGGGAGUCGGACAUUUUGCUAACCAAGUGAAGGCCGAUGAAGUCAACGAGCACAUUUUUAGCUUCAUCUCCAAAUACUAG